AGUGCUCAUUUAAAUGGACCGUGAUUUUAAGCACGAGCAAGACCAUUUCAAAACACUUGAAUAGCUCGGAAAACCUGGUGAGAAUCUGCUCCUUAAUAUUUUUCUACAGUUCAAGCCAAAAGAUAUUACCACCAGACAGUAAGAGAAAACCGAGGAAACGGCACGCAUUUGUUAUGGAAGGCGGAGUUGGAAGUCUAAUAUAAUUUUGAGUGUCCUCACCGUUAAAAUCAUGCCUCCACCUGGGAAAAUGAGAAAGCCCGUUAUUAAAAUGGUCGUCUUAGGAGACAUGAAUGUAGGGAAAACGUCCCUGCUGCACAGGUACAUAGAGAGAAACUUCAAGGACACCUUAAGCACAAUUGGUGGAGCAUUUUUCUUGAAGCAGUGGGGUCCAUACAACAUCUCCAUCUGGGAUACAGCGGGUCGUGAACAGUUCCAUGGUCUGGGCUCCAUGUAUUGUCGUGGCGCUGCAGCCAUCAUUCUAACGUAUGAUGUCACAAACUGGCAGAGCUUCGUAGAGCUUGAAGAUCGCUUCCUCUCUCUCACUGACUCUGCCAAUGAUGAUAGCAUAUUUGCCAUAGUGGGCAACAAAGCAGACCUCACUGACCCUCAAGCCCAAGUUAUGACCCCAGAAGAAGUCAGGGCAGAAGAGGGAUGUGUACUUCCCCUUUCAUCCUGCCCCACACCCCCAGAUUUUCCUUUGCACAAACAGGUGAAUCAGGAUGAUGCCAUAGCACUUUACAACCGCAUAAUUCACCAUAAGUCACUAGAGGGCAUCAGUCCACCAGCAGAGAAGAUGUGCUUCGAGACAAGUGCUAAGACUGGGUUUAAUGUAGAUGUUAUGUUCGAGACACUCUUUGAUCUGGUGUUGCCAUCCAUCGUUCAAAAACGCUCCCAAAAUGAGUCGCCCACAUUGUGUUUGGAGGACUAUAAUGAAGAGGGAAGGAAGAGCAAAGGGGACUGUUGCAGAUGAUUACAGAGCUGUUUACUCCAGUAAAUCUUGUACGUUGUCACAGUAAACAGUGGCUUAUUGGUCACUGUGUGUGUGUGUGUGUGUGUGUGUGAGUGAGAGAGAGAGAGAGAGAGAGAGAGAGAGAGAGAGAGAGAGAGAGAGAGUCUUUAUAUCUCUGAGAUAAUCUUGUUUUUCAUAGAUAGAACACAAAGACUUUGAACUUAAGUUACUCAGUGUUUUGGCCCUCAAGUUGUUCAUGUUCUUCUGAACACGAUAAAUACAAAGGUGUGUCAAAGAAAUCCAAAUAUACAUUGUUUACAGUACCAUACUUUUUAAUAUUUUUUAAAAAUUAUUUUAUUUUGAAUUAACACUGUUAAAUUAUUAAAAAAAAAAUGGUAUUCAUAUUAUUUGUGAUUGUCAUUUACUAAAGGUUUAUGAAUACAAUUAUCACUCAACAAGCAAGUUGUUAAUAGGUUUUUCACUUUCACUCUUUUCCACUUUUACAGUCUGCUGUCAUUACAAUUCUUUGCACUCAUUUAAAACUGGGUCAUCCUUGUUUUUUGUGCAAUAAUGUUACUACAAUGUCUCCCCGCUAGAGGUCGCAUUACACUGAGAAAAGGCUAAAGGUUAAAAAGCAUGCAUGGUUGCAUGGCGUGCUUAUGUGUAAUUAUAGUAGCAAGAAUCGAACAGAAGUUGUUGAAUAGAACACACUGAAUCCUAAACAUUCAUUGGAAAUCGAAAUAUGGGCUCAUUGCAUUAUGACACACUAAUGGCAAUUGUAAUCAGUAGGUGCCCUUUAAUUACUUUGUGUUGUCAAGUCACACUCAUUUGUUUGUGCCUUACUUAUGAAACAAUCAUAUAUAUACCCUAACAUUUCCAAAAAAGUAGAAUCGUUGUGUUGUUUAUUAUCUGGGUUUGUCUCUUGCUCCUGUCCAGAUUCAUCUGUGAUGUAACAUUUGUGCUGAAUUAAACACUCAUUAACUUGAGAAGCAGAGCCUGCAAUGUGCAUAGACCACACUUCACUUGCUGAUGGAGCAGAGCUCCACAUUCUCUUUCCCGCAACACCCAUCUACAGUGAACGUUCACUUAUAGAAUGCAUUUAAUAAAGAAAAAAAAAAACUAUUCUA